AUGAAACUACAAAUUAAACAUUAUAGUUCAUCUUGGGCAAGUCUUGAUUGUCUUUUAACAUCAUUGCCUAUAACACCAUUAUCUCGUUCGUCAAUAAUUAUGCGUUCGAAUGGUACUCUUCCAAUGACUGAUUCACGUCGUAUAUCUCCACAAACUACAAGUUCAAGUGGUUAUCAUAGUGAUCUAUCAUCUGCAACGCCAGCUAAUCAAUCUCCACAAUCUAUUCAUGAUAUUCUACCUGUAACACUAGAAAAAUCUUGUAUAUCAUCAUCGUCAUCAUCAUCAUCGCAAUUACAAAAAAAAACAAUAUCAGCGAUAAAUAAUUCUACAUAUGAUAAACUUUUAAUAAAUAAAAAUCUUUCACGUAUAUCAAGUUUUAUACGUAAACAAUAUGAACGUGCAAAAUCAAAAUUUAUUUCCAAACCAUUAUUAUCAUCAUCACAAAUACAUGUACCAAAAACGACAACUUGUAGUAAAGCAACAUCAACAACACCAAUAACUCAUCUAUUAGAAGAUAAUUCUAUAUUAACAAACAAACAAGACUAUUCAAUAUGUAAUAAAAAACCUUAUUACCAUCAAAAUAAUUUAUCGUCUGUUUAUCAACAAAGUUCAUUUACGGAACCGGUUUAUUCUAUCGAUGUAUAUCCAUCACAUAAUCAUCAAGUAAAGCUAACAGCAUCUCAUCAACAUAAAAAUUAUACGUCAAUUCAUGACUGUUAUUCUCAUCAACCUUCAUAUGGUUAUUCAACAAAAAAUAAUUCUCAUCAAUAUUCAUCAUCCUAUCGUCGUUUAGCGGCAAUGGCUAAUUUUGAAUAUAAUAAUUAUAAUAUACAUCGUCAUCAUUAUUAUCCAUAUGAAACAUUAUCAUCAUUAUCGAGUCAAAAUUAUUAUCCAUAUCAAUAUACAAAUAAUAAUUAUGAUUAUAAUCGUUCAAACUAUGUUCCAUUAAGUGAUUUUAUUAGUACAAAAAAUAGUGCUUUUAAACCAAUUGGACACAAACAAAAACAGUUUUAUUCACGUCCGUCAUAUAAUAUGUUUGAACAAGUACCACCAUCCGAUGAUCCAUGUGACCUUGAAGUAGCACAAUAUUUUCCUCAAACAUCACAAUGGAGUAAUCCAAAUUAUUUUGAUAUCUAUUCAAAGGAAAUUAAUGUACCGAAACAAAACUAUACAGAAACUUUAUGUUAA